CCAUUUCUAUAAGUGCGAAUUUAUUCGACAAUCAACGAAGGAUGAAUACCGCAAGGAAGUGUCUGUUUGGGUCGACCCAAAAACAAGCGAUGCAGCGCACGUGGUUCCACUGCUACCGUCUCCGGUUCCUGGCACAAGCACUGCAAAAAAGCAGGGCAACACGGAAUCGUUUUUUGAUCGGCCGUUAGCGAAAAGUGAGAUGGCGGAAUUCGAGCGUCUUCUGGCCGAUAUGUUUGUCUCUGGUAAUUUCUCCUUUCGCGCCGUCGAAGAUCCUCGUUUCAUUCUUUUGAAAUUUAUGCGACCAGCGGUGAAGCCACCAAGUCGAUUUGUGUUAUCGACUCGCAUCAUCCCGCAGCGCAUUAAAUCCGUCGAAAGCGAUACUGUCAAAGCAUUGUCAUUGCAGCGGUCUGUCACUGUGACGCUGGACGGUUACAAGAAAGCAAAGCACGAUAAAGUUCUUGGAAUUAUGGCUACUGUCAGAAACAGUCAAGGUGUGGAAAACCAUUUUUUGUCCACUGAAAUUAUUUCAUCUCAAUCGUCUCGAGCUGAGGACGUCAUGGAGAAAAUUGAAAACAGUUUUACGAUGUUGGAAGAAAAAUACAAGGCCUGUGCUCGCACAGUUACGUGCGACUCGGAUGCCGCCCACGUGAAGGCAAGGCGGUUAAUGAAGGAAAAGUAUCCCAGCAAGAUAUUUUUGCCGUGCAGUGCCCACCAAAUCAACUUGAUCGUGAAGGACGUUUUGACAUCAGUCCCAAAAUUUUCAGCCGUUUGCAAGAAAGCUGUCGACAUUGUUUCGCUACUUGCGGCGCGCACGAAAGCGCUAUCCGUUCUUCGCGAGGAGCAGAUGAAGUACAAUGGCAGCACGACAGCCAUAAGCAAACCAUGCGACACACGGUGGUACAGUUACAAUAAUAUGUUCCGAGCGAUUGUCAAGUCGCGGCUUCCUCUUCAGGGCAUGGUCGCGCGGCUAGCAGACGACCGAUCGAAGACCGAAGGGCUUACAAAGCUUAAAGCUAUCAUUGAAGAUGCAGCAUUUUGGAGUGCUCUAAAGUAUGUUGUGGAAAUUCUGGAUCCGAUCACUGUAGCUCAAGGAAUCACAGAGACAGAUGGGUGCACCUUAGGGGAUGUUAUCAGUCAGUUUGCGAAAAUUUACCACGUGUUUAUCGCACUGGAAAACGACGAUUUAGCGAACGUGUUAGGGUCGACCCUAGAAAAACGCUGGCAAAAAUUUUACGAUCCGUCGCUUUUUGUGCUGGCUUUGAUACUGGACCCGAAGUCCAAAAUGAAAGCGUUUAAUACUUCUGGACGUUUCAAUUUUGGGGUUGUUUUGCGCUGGAACAAGGGCAUAUUUGGAGAUGAUGUUGCAUCAAAUCUAUCUUCUGCGGAGCGCUACUGGAACUAUGUGCAGUACGAACACAAAGAGCUGGCCAGCUUAGCUUUGGAACUUUUGCACGUCGUCGUGCAUGCUGCGAGUUUGGAGCGCGCUUGGAGUCAAUUAGGAUUCGUGCAUGACGACAACCGGUCUAACUUAAAACUCGAUUUGGCUACAGGAAUGGUUGCGAUGCGAAUGAAAUUUCAAAAAAGAAGAUGUUGUGGCAAAACGAGAAGCGCAGCGAAUUGCAGCCCUAAAACAAUCCGUGAAGGUCGACCUUCAGACACACAAGAAGAGCGGAAGUACGGUAGUCGAAAUGGACGACGACGGUGA